CGGAUUCUUUUAUUCACAGUAGAGAGAGAAAGAGGAGAGAGAAAGAGCCAUAACCGAGCCGUCACUGUGUGAACUCUGUGUGUUUUUUCUUCCUUCACAGCAAAAAAAAUCAACUGAAAUAGAUCUGAAAAUCGAAAAUAUUUAGUGGGUUUCUCUUAUUUUUUCGAUUUUUACAACUUUUUUCCCGAUGACUAGCAGAGGAGGAGGAAAAAACAGUAACAAUGGUGGAGGAAUUGGAGUACAAUCAAUUCCACCAGGUUCAAGAAAGAUGGUACAAAGUUUAAAGGAAAUAGUUAAUUGUCCUGAAGCUGAGAUCUAUGCUAUGCUUAAAGAGUGUAAUAUGGACCCUAACGAAGCUGUUAACAGGCUUCUUACUCAAGAUCCUUUUCAUGAGGUGAAGAGCAAGAGAGAAAAGAGAAAAGAGAUUAAGGAUCCAACUGAAUCUAGGUCCUGGAUCACUAGUAGCACUCCGAGCCGUGGCAGUAGGGCUGGUGGGGAUCGAUAUGUUGGGCGUGGUGGAUCAGAGUCUACCAAGCCCGCUCCUGCUUACAGGAAGGAGAGUGGAUCACAAACAAACAACUUCUCUUCUACCCCUCUAAUUGCAGGAGGCAACACAGAUAGGAGACCAACUGCCAUCAGUGAUGCUGCAGGAAAUGACAGUAAAAGAUUGGCACCAGCUGCAGUUGAUGGUCAUUCAGCUGCUUCACAGCCUUCUUCUGGAUAUCAACCUACUUGGGGCGGGGUGCCAGGCCAAGUAUCAAUGGCUGAUAUUGUGAAGAUGGGUAGGCCACAGAGUAAAGUGCCUAGUGUACCCAAUAUAUCUGACAGUACUGCUGGUGUCAACCAAAACCAUGAUCAGGCACCACCUCCUUAUGGCGCAUCACAUGGUAAUAUGCAGUUUUCUGAUGAUCAGUCGACGGUUCCUGAGGUACAUCAGGAACCAAGGGAUAAUUCAUCUCAGAAUCUUUCUGCAAAUGAUGAAUGGCCUUCAAUUGAGCAGCCAUCAGCUGCUAGCCAACCUGCUGUCUCGGAGCCUCCCACUAAUUCUGUGCCCCAUCCUGAUCCGUCUAACAUGUCUUUUGACAGAGUUGAUCAUCAAACUCAGAUAGAUGAGUCUCAAGAGGCAGAUGAAAGUGCUAAUGAAAAUCUUGAUUGUUCCCUUUCCAGUAGAAAGUUGCAGGAGGAUAAUGCUGAUGGUACUUCUCUGUAUGACAAUGACCCGUACAGAUAUCAGCACCAGAAUCACACUUUUGACCAUCCACAAGUUGAAGAUGUUAAUGUCUCAGUUUCAUCAGUUGCCGCGAACUUGCAACAACUAAGUGUAAAGGAUGCAGCGGGUUUGCCAUCUGAUGGGGAUAGUCCAUCUGUUGUGAUUCCAGACCAUCUUCAAGUUCAAACAGCUGACUGCUCACACCUAAGUUUUGGUAGCUUUGGUGGUGUGUCCUUCUCUGGAUCACUGGCCUCUGCCCCCGUGAAAACUAGCUUGGAAGAUGCAUCCAGAGAUGCAGAUAGUUCUUCAGUUGGGCACUUGGGCACCAGGGCCACUGAAUACUAUGGUGAUGGUACUCUCAGAAAUGAGGCUGAUAGUAAUUUAUUCCACAGAAAUAAUGCAAAUGCUGGAAAUUAUGAACUGCCAGCAGCUUCACAACCAGAAUCUCUGAAAGCAGAAGCUAGUGAUGGGCAUUAUUCAUAUCCGUCCUCUGCUGCUGGCUAUUCAUACGAAAGUGCUCAACAAUUGAAUGCAGCGUUUAGUCAGCCACAGACGAGUUCUCAUAUGCAAAAUCUUGCUUCUUUCUCAAAUGAGACAGUCUACACAAAUUCUUUGCAGAGUGACAUGUUGACUGCUAACGUGCAUCCUGGUCGAGAGUCUGAGCUUUCAUAUUCUCCUUUUUCUACAACACAAGCAAUGCCCACAAAAUAUGGCAACUCAAUUUCAUCAAUCAGUGGUUCAGCUAUGCCUGAGGCUAUGAAGACAGUUGGCUUUUCAUCAGCACAGCCUACUCAGCAGAUGCUUUCUGGAAAUAGUGUCGCCACAGGACCUGGCGUACCACAACACCUAACUGUACACCAAUAUUCUCAACAAGCUGUUCCUAUUGCCCCAUAUGGCAACAUGAUUAGUUAUCCCUUUGUGCCUCAGAACUAUUCAUAUAUUCCAUCUGCAUUCCAACAAGCAUAUCCUGGUAAUAGCAGUUACCAUCAGUCGCUUGCAGCAAUGCUCCCCCAAUAUAAGAAUACCGUUUCUGCCAGCAGCUUGCCUCAAUCUGCCACUAUUCCUUCUGGAUAUGGUGCUUUUGGAAAUACAACAAGUAUCCCCGGGAACUUCCCAAUCAACCCCCCUGCUGCUCCAUCUGGUACUAACUUAAGUUACGAUGAUGUAUUAAGUGCUCAGUUCAAGGAUACCAAUCAUUUGAUGUCUCUUCAGCAGAAUGAGAACUCAGCUUUGUGGCUUCAUGGACAUGGUUCAAGAACAAUGCCAACUGUUCCCGCCAACACGUAUUAUGGCUUUCAGGGACAGAAUCAGCAAACGGGCGGAUUUAGGCAAGGCCAACAGCCAUCACAGAGCUAUGGAUCUUUGGGGGGCUACCCACAUUUCUACAAUUCUCAGGCUGGUAUCUCGUUGGACCAACAACAGCAAGAAAACCUUCGAGAUGGAUCGUUGUCUGGUUCACAAGGCCAGCCAAAGCAGUCUCAACAACAGUUAUGGCAAAACGGCUACUAAAUCUUACUGCCUCCCUUGUUUUUCUGUUCUUUCUUUUUUUGGGGUCUUGUAAUGAGUGUGAAAGUGGCCUUUCCAGCUCUCUCUGUUGAAAUAACCCUCGUUCACGAUCCCUGAAGAAACUUGACUGGGUGCUGCCCUGUGCCAUGACUCUGUACUUUACGUGUUUAUCUCAGAUUUAAAUGUAACGUAGGUAAUGUCUGAGUUAACACAGUGCUCUAGUCGUCUCGUCUGUGUUUUUUCUUUUAGCUCUUGUUUAACACGGUUAACCCCCCUUUUCGUCGUUUUUAAUCUAUAGUUGCUAGUGUUUUUUUCCCAAUAGUAAUCUAUUGCAUUAUAAUC